AUGUAUGUAAAGUAUGUAGAAACGAAUGCCGAGAAAGCAGAAUGGGAGAGAGAGAAAGAGGAAAAAACAUUGAUAGGGAGAGAAAAAGAGGGAAACAGAGGGAAUGAAAACAAACAGAAUGAGAAGAGGGAGAGAAACGGACAGAAUGAGGAAAGAUGGAUGGAAGAAAACAGGAUGUCACAGUCGCACUGUCGCCGACGAACGCUGUUCCAGAAGUCCAAGUUUCUCAUUGACGACGGUUCCAUCUCCAAGCGACCGAGAUUAGAUGACUCUUGUAAACAGAACCAAUCCAGGAAACCACUGACGAAAUCUUUAUCGUUUGGGGCUGAACCUUUCACACGUUGUGAAGUCAUUACUGCUGUGGAGCGACUUGUGGAGGAGGAGGACCUGAUCGGUAACGGAACCCAAGCCUUCUGUCUACCCAUAAUCCCUGGCAAGCACUCUGACCUGAAGAGCAUCACAUCCGAAACGAUGUCUGAUGUUUUGGCGGGAAAGUUCGACGACUCCGUCAGCAGUUUCCGCGUGAUUGACUGCCGUUACCCCUAUGAGUAUGAAGGAGGACACAUUAAGAAUGCCGAGAACAGAUACACACGAGACCAAGUUACGGAGCUGCUGAAGGAUAGGGAGGUUGCCCGAGGUGACCGUCGGGAUAUUCUCAUCUUCCACUGCGAAUUUUCGUCCGAGAGAGGUCCAAAAAUGUGCCGAUUCCUCAGGAACAAAGACAGGGAAAUGAACACUGACAACUACCCACUCCUCAACUACCCGGAAGUGUACCUUCUGCAUGAUGGGUACAAGGCUUUCUACGAAACUAAGCAGGAAAUGUGCAAGCCCAUGGCCUACAAACCUAUGCUUGACAGAAACCACGCCGAUGACCUGCGUCACUUCCGCUCCAAGUCCAAGUCGUGGUGCGCAGGACAGAAGAAAAGGUCAAGCCGCCUCAUGUUUUAGAUCAAUGAAUGAAUAAAAUACAGACAAUUUUGCAUUGACUUUUCGGACUGGAACUCCCGAGAAGAGCAUUCAUCCGAUGCUUACUGGAUUUUCAGUGAAUUUUCAAAAGAGAGGGAAUCGUUAAAACGGGUAGUGAAUUAUUUAAAACUGGACUAAAACUUUCUGAAAUGGAUCAUGAUAUUUUCCCCUGAACUAUUAUCAACAAUUCAUUUAAUUUGAAAAUGUUGAUGUUAUAAGUGCUAUCUAUGUGUGUGUGUCGUGUACAUAAUGUGUGACUAUUUAUUUUACUAUUUAUGAAAUUGUUAAAUAGCUGUAUAUGUGUGUGUAUGCGGCGUAGUUGUACCUAUGUAAAAGAUUAAUUGUAAAUAUUCAUUUUUUCCGGAGCAUAGCAAUCCAACCCGAACUCAAUUGACACGAAGAAAUACAGAUUAUUUUAUAUAUCAAAUGAUUAUAUUCUCCCACCAUUUCUAUAUAAAAUUA